GUUUUCUAUGGAGGUAGAGGAGGCAGUCUCUUUCUGGAGGUGGAAAGAGCCAAGACUCCAUUUCCCGAGUUGCCCCGCGCGGGAACUGUGGCGACUCGCUGGAGCCGUUGAGCCCAGUCUCAGCCGGGCUGAGGCGAGUGUGAGCGCCUGAGGAGCAGAAUGUAUACCCUGCUGUCUGGGCUUUACAAGUAUAUGUUCCGGCGGGAUGAGUAUUGCAUCUUGAUACUUGGACUAGACAAUGCUGGGAAAACGACCUUCCUUGAACAGACUAAAACAAGAUUUAACAGAAAUUACAAAGGAAUGAGCUUAUCCAAAAUCACAACCACUGUGGGCUUGAACAUUGGCACAAUAGAUGUGGGCAAGGCCAGGCUAAUGUUCUGGGAUCUUGGAGGACAGGAAGAACUUCAGUCUCUCUGGGAUAAGUAUUAUGCAGAAUCCCAUGGUGUCAUCUAUAUUAUUGACUCUACUGAUGAAGAACGGCUUCAGGAAUCUAAGCGAGCGUUUGAAAAGAUGGUUACCAGUGAAGUUCUGGAAGGUGUUCCAUUAUUGGUUUUGGCUAACAAACAAGAUGUAGAGAACUGCCUGUCAAUCCCGGACAUCAAGACUGCCUUUAGCGACUGCAUCAACAAAAUUGGGAAGAGAGACUGUCUGACGCAAGCUUGCUCUGCUCUCACUGGCAAAGGGGUAAAUGAAGGGAUUGAGUGGAUGGUGAAGUGCGUGGUGAGGAAUAUCCAUCGGCCCCCGAGGCAGAAGGACAUCACGUAGAGAGCAACACCGAGGCACCAAAUUCCAGACACCUUUGUCCUGCAGAGACUCCUUCCUCAUUGUCUUUCUGUCUGCCUCCCUCUCUCUUUCACUCUCUCUCUCUUGAAGAGAUUCCCAGAACUUCUGUUUCUUUCUUGGCUGCCGUGUGAAGAGGGCAUGCAUGUCUUCUUUAGGUGUCUCACAAGAGCACUCCAUAACCGAGGAGGAUUCUGAUUGAAGUCUUCACCUAACGACAGCAAGCGAUGUCUUGCCCAGAGCAGGGUGCUUGUUCAUUCUGCCUGAGCACUGAUGCUCUGUAGUUGCACAGGGCUGAGGUUCCUUAUUUAUCGUGUUAACCUGUGGGACUAGAGAGUUUUGAAGCACUUGAUUGAAAUGAAAACUGUGUGCUUGAAAUACUGGAAAUCUCUUGUUCUGGUUCCCAUCUAUUCUCAACCUGAAUUGUGUCAACAGUGUUCAAGUAUAUUUGUAUGGCAAAAGGGGGUUAGAAAUGGGAGAAAACUAUUCCUUUGUAACAAAGAAAGCAUUUCACAAACCCUGUGGUGGGGACAGGAGGUGAUAUGGAGGCUCAUGCCUCUUCUUCUAUUCUUAUUAACCUUCAUAUACGGUGUUCAUGUGGACUUUUAGUCUUUUAUUUUCAGUCAGGUUUGUCACUUUUAUCUGCAGAGUUGCAAAAGUAAUAGCCAAAGGCUGCAGUGUGGUGUGUACUCCCACAGAGGGCUGCGCAAGAUGCAAACGCUCUUAAGAUCUUUUGCCUCUGGCUGUUUCAGUUGAAAGGAAAAUAAAUAAAUAAAUAAAUGAAUAGAUGAAUAGGAACAGUUCUGUAACUGAGCGGAACUGAGUUGCUAAAACUGGAGCCAGAGAAACUGUUCAGGGAUUGUUGUCCAAUAAAAUUUGAUAUUCUUCCAUGCGA